ACUAUUUCUGUGCAUCAGAAAAUCCACACAGAUGAGAGGACCUAUGAAUGCCGUGAGUGUAGGAAAAGCUUCACUCACAGAUCAGCCCUUUCUAGACAUCAGAGGAUCCACACAGGUGAAAGACCCUAUGAAUGCAGUGAGUGUGGGAAAACCUUCAAUAACAGCUCAAACCUGAUUACCCAUCAAAGAAUUCACACAGGGGAAAGGCCAUAUAAAUGUUGUGAGUGUGGGAAAACCUUCACUUGCAGAUCAGGCCUUUCUGUUCAUCAGAGGAUCCACACAGGUGAAAGACCAUAUGAAUGCAGUGAGUGUGGGAAAACCUUCAAUCGCAGCUCAAACCUUAUUACCCAUCAAAGAAUUCACACAGGGGAGAUGCCGUAUAAAUGCUGUGAGUGUGGAAAAUGCUUUAUUAAGAGUUCGGCCAUUUCUGAGCAUCAGAGAAUCCAC